AUGGCCUACCAACCACAUCUUCAGCAGCUUCCGGCACCAAGGCCUUUUCCGGCAUUCGGAUAUUGCGACUCCUACUUUGUAGAGAACCACGACGACGACGAUGGCGUCUAUGCACGUGCCUCUGCAGAACGUGAGCGUGUUCGAAACGUCGCCAAGCUCCGGCAAAAGGCACUCGGUGAGGAGCUCUCGCGUUCAACAGCCGAAGAAUACCAAGAAGACGUACUCGACCACAUGGAGCACAUGGAAGCCGAGACGAUGCCCGAUAUUCAGUCCAUCGAGAUCCAGACCGAGAUCCAAUGGUUUAUGAGGCCAUAUCUCCUGGACUUCCUGCUCGAGGCCCAUCAUGCUUUCCAGCUACUGCCGGAGACGCUUCACUUGGCAGUCAACUUGCUCGACCGAUACUGCUCGAAACGUGUGGUGUAUAAGAGACACUAUCAGCUUGUCGGUUGUGCUGCUCUCCUCAUUGCCGCGAAGUAUGGCGACCGCAAGGAACGAGUGCCCACCAUCAGAGAGCUCAAGUCGAUGUGCUGUUCAUUAUACGAUGAUGAUAUGUUCACACAGAUGGAGUGGCACGUUCUGCAGACCCUCAACUGGGUUAUUGGUCACCCAACCAUCACCAGCUUUCUGCAACUCGCCUUGACAGAAGUCGCCUUCGAUCCAGAGUUGGAGCACAUGUCGUGGUACAUCUCGGAACUGGCCCUGUACCACAAGGAGUUCAUCCCAGUACGACCGUCGGUCAUGGCUCGAUCUUGCCUCGCAUUGGCACGAUGCAUCCUCGCACGGCAACAGUCACGGUACGAAGACUGGUCUGCAAGAUACGACCCUCAAGUGGUCUUGAACCUCUCAAACCACCUCGGUCAUCCAUCACAGGCACUUUUGAGGAAGUACUCGUCACCUCAUCUCUCAUCAGCAUCGACGACCAUCGAAAUGUUCCUCAAGCACCAAGCCAUGCUUGCUCGACAGGUGGCCCAGCCAUCAGUGAAUGAACUGCCUCGCAUGGACAUCGACUCGGUGCCAUCCACCUACCUCACGCCGCAGACGCCACAAAAGCCUGGCUACACUGCUGGCGUGCAAAUACACGGCAUGCUGACGCCCCCAAUCACGCCGGACAAGGAUCAAGUGAUCGCAGUCAAUCCGAGCUACGGGGCUGGCUUACCGCGGGUAGUGCCUCAGUGCACACCCACGCCGCCACCAACUGGAGAGCAACACAUCAGCUUCCCAGUACCUCCACAGCAGUAUAUGCCACAACCGCAGUUCGUCCAAUAG